CAGAAGUAGCCUUAGCUAGAUCUAGCCAGAGGCGUACGUUAUCGCCAUGUCUCCGGUUGCAAGCAAAGGAAUGGAUGGUGCGGCCGCGGUGGCGGCGGCGGCGGCCAUGGCGGCCGCCGUCGCUCUGCUGUGCCUCCAGCUGCCGGCUGUGGCCCAGGGCCAGCUGCAGGUGGGGUUCUACAACACGAGCUGCCCCAACGCUGAGUCCCUGGUCCGGCAGGCGGUGGCCAACGCCUUCGCCAACGACUCCAGCAUCGCCGCCGGCCUCAUCCGGCUGCAUUUCCACGACUGCUUCGUCAGGGGCUGCGACGCGUCGGUGCUGCUGACCUCCCCGAACAACACGGCGGAGCGCGACGCGGCGCCCAACAACCCGAGCCUCCGCGGGUUCCAGGUGAUCGACGCCGCCAAGGCCGCCGUGGAGCAGAGCUGCCCGCGCACGGUCUCCUGCGCCGACAUCGUCGCCUUCGCGGCGCGCGACAGCGUCAACCUGACGGGCAGCCUCCCGUACCAGGUGCCCUCGGGCCGGCGCGACGGCAACGUCUCCCUCGACACGGACGCCGUCAACAACCUGCCCCCGCCGACGUUCAACGCGUCGCAGCUGGUGGCCAACUUCGCUGCCAAAAACCUCACCGCCGAGGAGAUGGUCAUCCUCUCCGGCGCCCACACCGUCGGCCGCUCCUUCUGCACCUCCUUCCUCAACCGCAUCUACAACGGGUCCACCCCGAUCGUCGACUCGGGGCUGAGCUCCGGGUACGCGACGCUGCUGCGCGCGCUGUGCCCGUCGAACGCGAACGCGUCGACGCCGACGACGACGGUGCUGGACCCGAGCACGCCGGCGGUGCUGGACAACAACUACUACAAGCUGCUGCCGCUGAACCUGGGCCUCUUCUUCUCCGACAACCAGCUGCGGGUCAACUCCACGCUCAACGCGUCCGUGAACAGCUUCGCGGCCAACGAGACGCUCUGGAAGGAGAAGUUCGUCUCCGCCAUGAUCAAGAUGGGCAGCAUCGAGGUGCUCACGGGGAGCCAGGGCCAGAUCAGGCUCAACUGCAGCGUCGUCAACAAUGGCUCGUCGUCGUCGGUGGCGGCGCCGAGGAUCGAGACGACGGUGCCCUACUCUGGAUCCACCGCGUCCCUCGAGGAGAUCGCCACCAGCUGAUCGGCAACAUGGUGCUGAUGAUGUAUGUGUUUGUGCGCACGUUGUCCAUCGUCUUUAGGUUAUGUGUUUGUGUUAGUACCUACCUACUAGUACGUUAUACGGCUAUAUAUGAGUACGCAAGUGCGUGCGUACACGAAACUUCAUUGCUUUGUCACCAUGUAUCCCAUGCAUGAAUGCCGUAUAUCAUCGGUGAAUAAAACUGGACGUCUUACGCCUUAAUUUA